AUGCUGGUGAUACAUUUCUAUAUUCCUUUCUUACUUAACACUCCAUUCAGCGCUUUUGGACCAUAUGCCACCUUUUCCCUUUUUCUUCUUUCUUGUUACAUAUCUAUUACUUGUACAAAAUGGCCUCUUAGAUUUCUAUGUUAUCCGGUUUUUCCUUCCUUUACUCUUGUACCAACUUCUUUUUCUAUUGUCUAUGUUCCCCUUUCGUUCUUAUCUGGUCUUUUUCCUCCCCCCCUUGUAAAACAUCCGACCUCAUCCCUAUCCUAUUCGGUCCGAGAUGACGCAAAACUACCACGGCACUUUCCUUCUUUGAACACUUUUUGUUUUGACCCUAGUUAUAUGAUAGAUAUUGUGGACCCUAUACCUGUACCAGCACCUGAUUGGUCAAGUUUUGGAGCCUACAAACGUGUUGAUCGCAGAGUCAAACCUGUUCCUGGAGUAUUCCCAGAAGACGCACGUGUCACUCGGUCAUUUCCAGAAGACCCACUCCUUUCGCUCCCACCCCUUCCUGUCCUUCCCCCAGAAUUCAUUCCCACGCUGAAGCUCACCAAGGAGCGCCUUUAUGACGAAAUGAAGCUAAACUCUGAUGGAUUCUUAUGGCCAGAAGAGGAAAAGCUCUUCGCUCACAUCAUGAUACUCAAUCAGCGCAGUCUUGCCUUCGAGGAAAAUGACAGAGGAACGUUCAGAGAAGACUACUUCUCUCCCUACGUCAUACCUGUUCUCCCACAUGUCCCUUGGGAAUACAAGAACAUUCCUAUUCCUUCUGGAAUCAAGAACGAAGUCAUAGAAUUGCUCAGAGACAAGAUCAAAGCUGGAGUCUAUGAGCCUAGCUAG